CUCACUGACGGGAAAUGCAGUAAGUAAGUGUUAUACCAGUAUAUACAGCUCCAUCGGUCCUGAUAUCUCACCAAUCACGUACUUAGAACUCAACACGGAGAUCUAACGCGGUAAAUCGAAGGUUUUUGGCCCCUGAAGCUACCCUUGCUCCUCUUUUUACCAAGUACAAGCGCCUUUCAGCUACGUCAGAUCUCGGGGCACAUUCAAAAUAGUACUGAAGGUAGAUCUUCAAGAAGUUCAGCCUUGAGUCAGGGUCCCUCUAUGGCACUUGCGGCAUGGAUUCCUACGGACAUCAAGUCUUUUUCGUCUGGUCUUUGACCACCUUGGGCCUCCGUAUCAAUGUAACGGGUACAAGAUACUGUAGGUUGCGAAUCUGUUGCUCGUUCACGCUAGUCGUUCUGUACUCGGUUCAAUUCUCUUUAAUUGCAAGCAAGCCUUGUUUGGAGCUGCUUAAAAAUUUAUUCAAUUUAGACGCUCCUAUCAGGCACGACCGCCCUCAAGAGGCUUCACCUUUCCUCUUCCUAUUCCUGUCGAAACGGACGGGGAAGACCCGAACUCGAUGAGAACCUUGAGAUCAAAAUUGGGGAGGAACUUGAUGUGGUGAUGCCAAGAACGGAUCUCUCAAAAAAUAUCCUGGCCCGUAUAAAACUCUGUUUUCGCAAGGGGAAGAUCCAUGGACAGCGUGGUAUCUGGUGUACGGAACUUAUCAAGCUCUUCUCCGGUAAGUUCCAACCAAUCUUGUGGCUUCAAGAACUUGUCUGUCUUCAACAGCGCUGGGCGGCUUUCUGCAAGGAACAAGUAUCCGGACUGUCGGGUUUGGUCCGAAAUGAUAGCUCAAAACCGGUCAUAUUGUAAUCGAUGCAGGAUUGCUAGGAAUAUCAUUUUUGUAGAGACUUGAUAGGGAGUGGCAACGGAAAUACCGAGGUUUGUUGCUUUGGACGAGUUGCCAUUUUUUUCUGCCAUUGACUCGCACUUCUAGAAGAUAUCUCAUUGGGUAUUGGUGAGGCACAACACCAAAAUGCAAUCGACAUCUAGAGCGGUAGGAUCUCGCUUGAUACGCGGAAGUCGAAAAUGCUGUUGAAUGUCUCUCCGCUCGCAAAUAUCUCCCUAAAGAGCAAUACCCCACUUUAACAACUCCAUUUCACCCCACUACUCUCCCACGAGAAUUCGAUGACGGGUUGAUAAGUGGGAACUAGGGUAAUCCAUAUGAGGAAUUAUCGUACAUAUAAGUUUUCUUAUCGAUGACCGCCUGCUAUUUCCUAUGAUAUUUUGUUUGCUGAUCAAUGAACUCUUCCUCCUUUAGAUAUCGUAUAUCCUCUAACCAACAUUUCCAUAUGCCUCGCUAUCCUCCAUCCAGUAAUGCAUCAGCAGUUUCCAUUGAUCCGGUUGUUCCCACAGAAACAACUGUCAAUAUGUUACUAGAGCCCUUCAGCGGUCGAUCGAACAGCCCAAGUACACAUAAAGCACCACCUCCAACUUACCACUCUGACGUUGAAGAUAUUGAAGCGUUGACUCCGACACGAUCAAGACACCAGUCUAUGUCUAGAUAUACGGAACAAAGUUUUGAAAACCAGCGAAGAACUGAACAUUCAACCAGGCCAUCGAACGAUUCGCUUCCGAGGAAAAUGAGUUUCGGGGAGGAUCUUGGGAAUGGGAGAGCUACAACUAAACAACGACAUAUUCCGACUCCUGUUUCUCCUUUGAAAGAAAUGUAUAGUCGAGGUGGUGGGUCGAAACCACAACCUCGACACAUACAACCAGGACUUACACAACAUGGACACAGCAAUGUUGCCGAUUUCUAUAGCCCUGAGGUAUUUCAGGUUGUUCUGAAUAAUCCUACUACGGCACAUCGAUUGAAGAGGUUUUGUCAGAGUAGAGCUUGUGGGGAAGAUAUGGAAUAUUUGCAGAAAGUGAGUUAUUUCGCCUAGUCGUUUAGCAUAUUAUUCGCGAAGUAAAAAAUGACAAACUUCUCAAAUGCCACAAUGUCGAGUGCUAACUUUACCUUUCAAUUAGAUUACUGAAUACAACCGCCUGCUCGACGACAUGGCGCAGCUUCUAGGAUCCAUCAAUUCACAAUAUCUGUUACCAGAUGCCCCCCGAUCCGUUACCCUCCCACGUACCCUGACAAAACAAGUCUCCUCGGAUAUCAGGUACUUCAUACAAAACACAAUACCAUCACUAGAAUCUGUCUUUGCUGGCUCACAGGAAACCGUUGAGAAGAUACUGGUUGAGGAUAUGUAUCCGAGAUUUGUGAGGCAUCAGGUUACCACUUCGGCGACAUUGGCGAUGUCAGAUCAUAAAGAGAAGUUUCAGGGCUUGGGAGAUUGUUUCUGUAUCACGGAUCCUUCGUUAGUCGCUCUCCCCACAAUCCAAAAAUUGGAUACAACUCACGUUGAGCUUGCAGGAUAGCGGAUAAUCCCAUUCUCUGGGCCUCAGAUGGAUUCGUCUCAGUAACAGGGUACGAAAGAAAAGACAUCAUCCCCCGGAAUUGCCGCUUUCUCCAAGGCUCCCAAACAGAUACCAAAACCACAAAGCGCCUCAAGUUAUCUAUCCAGAACUGCGAAGAAUCUGUCGAACUCCUUCUCAACUACCGCAAAAACGGGGAUCCUUUCUGGAACCUCUUAUACGUGAGUCCUUUGUUCAACGAACAGGGGGAAGUCACGUAUUUCCUUGGAGGACAGAUUAAUUGCUCGACGACUAUCCAUUCUUUUACGGAUGUCCUCAGGGUUCUGAGUGCGAAUGAUGACGAGUUGGAGAAAUUUGAUUUGAUGGAUAGACCUGUUAGUGUGAGAAGUCGAGAGCCCGUUGUGAAGAGCAAAAGUAGUUUUUUCAAGGCGUGGAGAAAGUAUAGUGUUCGCGAUCGGGAUGCGGGGAGAGGCGGGAAGGUGGUGGUUAGAGGGGAGGCGGGGAUGGAGGGGGAGCUGGUGGGGAAGUUGGAACGGUUGAAUUUUGAUACGCAGGUUGAGGCGUUUUAUACGGCUUAUUCUAAGGUACGUAUCACCCACCACUUUUUCCUAACUUCUGAUGAGAGUUCUGAAAAGGAAAUAUCGAAACGAGGAGGGAAUUCUGACAUACAAAAUAGUACCUAGUAAUGGACUUGAACGCCGUAACCCAAACCCUAACCAUCCAACACUACUCCCCGGGCGUGAUCGACAUGCUCUGUCUCAACCUCCCCAACGGGAACGUCAUCCCUAUCUACAACAAAGACAUCUUCAAAGUCCUCGCUGACUACACCGCCUCGCCAACCUCACAUUUCCGAGACCGCGUCAAAGAAAAUAUGAGGAGGGGCGGCGCGGUGAGUUUAGAAAUCGGCUUCCUCACCGGAUAUGCGGAGAAGAAGGGUGGUGGGCUGGCGAGUGGAAAGAGCUGGUUCAGGGGAACAUCCAGGGAUGCGCUGGGGGGUCGCACGGAAGAGAGAUAUGUUACUCAUUGGACGCCGUUGAAGGAUGUUGGGGGGAGGACGAAGAGGGUUGUUUUGACGAUUGCGCCGAAAUAGGGGCAGGUGAGUUGUUUUUUUGUGGGUCUGGGAAGAGCUUUUUUUGUUGGCGAUUGUAGGAUGUUUUGCUUGGGCUUAUAUAUAAUGGCGGGUUGGGUUUUUUUGGGUGGUUUUUCUUGACUUACCUUUGUAACUUUAAUAUUUAGAUACCUAGCCGAAGAUCGGUCUUUUUCUUUAAUUAGAG